AUGGAGUUGACGUCUCAGCGUCGCAAAGCUUGCGACUUGUGCUUCACCAAGAAAAUCAAGUGUGACAUGCUCAAGCCGCACUGCUCCAACUGCCUGCUGUACAAAUCAGAGUGCAAGACAACACGUCUCCGCCGGAGAACCGCCGCUGCCAAAGACAAGCCUCCCCGCCCAGCCCAGAACUCUGUAUCAAGCCGCGAGUCUGAGCUCGAGGCCCGUCUGGCGCUCAUCGAAAACCAGCUCAAGGAAGUUCUCGAAGCGAGCGCGUCACAGCCCGUCAAGUCACAGCAGCCCCCAGUUCAGCAACCAGUAGCCGGUCCGUUCAGUCCCUCCCAGGUGUUCGAGACACCCAGUCCCGAACCGCAAUGGCUCUCCAACAUUGUCGCCGCCGCUGGGCAGAGCCCCGUCCUGAUGUCGGGCUCGGACACGACGACGCCCAGUGACUGGGUCGCCCAGCCCGAACCCAUGGUGCUGCCGCCGUUGGAGGAUGUGCUGCCGCUCGUCGACGUUUACUUUACGCGCUUCAACGUCGUCUUGCCGCUGUUCCACCAGGGUAGUUUCAUGACCAUGCUGUCCGACUGGUACUCCCACGUCAUACAUCGCACGAGGCCCGCGUGGGCUGCCAUCAACAUUGUCCUCGCCAUCGCCCACCGUGCGUGUAUCACGUCUGAGAAUGACUUUGCCACCGACGGCGAAAAGUCGGCUGCGUACCUGCGGAACGCCCAGACCGUUGUCAACGAGCUGGUGACAAGGGAAGAAGAUCUUGUCGGCUUGCAGGUCCUGCUGGGCAUGUCGCUCCUUUUCUUGGGUACCAAGAACCCCAAGCCCGCGUCUGUCCUCCUCGGAACCACCAUUCGCCUGGCCCACCGCAUGGGCCUGCACGACCAGGAUCGCUCCAACGGGCUGCCUGAGCAUGAAGCUGUCCAGAGGGCCCGAAUCUUCUGGGUCGCCUACUACCUCGACAAGGAUGUCAGCUUGAACCAAAAGAUGCCGUCGUUCCAAGUCGAUGCCGACAUCGACCUGCCGCUUCCCGAUCUCGACCCGGCUGACAAUGUAUCGAUUAUGUACUCGACGGACUCGACGAUCAAGUUCAACUACUUCAGAUCGCGCACCGCCCUCAGCCAUAUUCAGGGCAAGAUCUAUGACCUGCUCUACAGCACGCGCUCCAAGAAGGCCUCCCCCGAGGACCGCGUCCAGCGCCGGGAGCAGCUCAACCACAUGCUCGAGCAGUGGCGUCUGCAGAUCCCCGAACAAUUCCAGAUGGCCAACGUCGCGAGUUCAAUGUCUCCGACCAAUGCGGUGCACAUGGUCAACAUGUACAGCACGUACAUGCUCUGCCUCGUGCAUGCGCACGGCAUCUACACAUUCGAUAUGAACGAGACGUGCUGGUUCAAGGAUAUGCGUCAGAGCAUGACAGCGUGCGCCGCCAACGGCACCAUUUCUGAAUCGUGCAAGGGGAAGAUACCUGCUGGGUGGGAGAAUUGCGUGGUUCAAUCGAGGGCUUUUAUUCAGCUCUUCACCGACGCGCCGUUUACAGAAUGUGGCUUCUGGAUCAGCGCAAGCGCACGCUUCGCCACGGUCAUGAUGGUACUGACCCAAAUGUUCAUCGAGCCGAUGCACCCCCACCUUACGCUCGACCGCGAACUGACUCGCAAGGCCGUUGCCGUUUUCGACCAGAUGGUCCCGCGCACCACUGACAAGGAGAUUCGCUGGCUGCAUGAGAUUGUGUCGGCUCUCUUCCGCCAGGCCAUGGCCGCGACGCAAGAUGCGGUCGAAGCGUUUGAGCGUCAGGCGCGAGAGCAGGCGCAGGCGCAGGCGGCAGCCGACUACUUUGUUUCGCUGGGAACUCAAAUGGGGAACUCGCAGCUCGCAGACGACUUUCACUUCAUGUCAUGGUCAUGA